GCCUUAUUUUUAUAAAUCCUCGCUGCACUCGUUCCAAGCAAGGUCUAACUGGUCCCUUCUCUGUCGCCGGAGCUCUCAUGGAGGUCGACGAGCGCGAGGACGUCGAGACGCCGGAGGAGAAGGAGGCGACGGCGGUGGCGAGGAAGGAGCCACCGCGGAUAUGGCGUCUGGAGGAAUCGGUGGUGAACCGGAUCGCGGCAGGGGAGGUGGUGCAACGUCCAUCUUCGGUGGUGAAGGAGCUUGUUGAGAACAGCCUCGACGCCGGCGCUACUUCAAUUUCCGUCGUUGUUAAGGAUGGAGGACUUAAGCUCAUCCAGGUUUCUGAUAAUGGCCAUGGCAUCCGGUAUGAAGACUUGGCAAUACUAUGUGAAAGGCACACCACAUCAAAAUUAUCCACAUUUGAAGACUUGCAGACAAUUAAAUCAAUGGGUUUUAGAGGGGAGGCUUUGGCCAGUAUGACAUAUGUUGGUCAUGUCACUGUUACAACAAUAACUGAAGGCCAAUUGCAUGGAUAUAGGGCUUCCUACAGAGAUGGAGUAAUGGAGCAGGAGCCUAGACCUUGUGCUGCAGUAAAAGGAACUCAGAUAAUGGUCGAAAACCUGUUUUAUAACAUGAUAGCUCGUAGAAAAAAUUUGCAGAACUCCAAUGAUGAUUAUCCAAAGGUUGUAGACCUGAUAAGCCGAUUUGCAAUUCACUACAUGAACGUGAGCUUUUCUUGUAGAAAGCAUGGUGCAAAUAGGGCUGAUGUCCACACAGUCGCUGCAUUUUCAAGGCUGGAAGCUAUCAGGAACGUCUAUGGAGUUAAUGUUGCACGUGAUUUAUUGGAAAUAACUGUAUCAGAUGAUAAUCCUGCUUGUUCAGUUUUCAAUAUGGAUGGCUUUGUUUCAAAUGCAAAUUACGCGGCAAAGAAAACGACAAUGGUGCUCUUCAUUAAUGAUAGGUUGGUUGAAUGCACAGCACUGAAGAGAGCUAUAGAAGUUGUGUAUUCUGCAACUUUGCCAAAAGCAUCUAAACCAUUCAUUUAUAUGUCUAUCAACCUGCCACCUGAGCAUGUAGAUGUAAAUAUACAUCCAACAAAGAGAGAGGUAAGCCUUUUGAAUCAGGAGAGUAUUGUUGACAGGAUCCAGAAUGCAAUAGAGUCCAAGUUGAUGAGCUCUAAUACUACAAGGACAUUCAUAUCUCAGCCCAUAAAUUCAACAGCUAUAUGCCUGUUUGGUGGGAAAAAGGAAACCCAACCCAACUCCCCAUUUUCUGGGACAAAAUCUCAAAAAGUUCCCGUUAGUAAAAUGGUCAGGACAGAUUCGCGUGAUCCUUUUGGAAGGUUGCAUGCCUACAUGCCAGAUUUGUCACUUUCACAGCAUGAGAAACAAUCUGACUUGACAUCUGUGAGACAUGCGGUAAGGCUAAGAAGAAACCCCAGGGAGGCCUCAGAUCUAAACAGUCUCCAUGAGCUUGCAAGGGAGAUCGAUUCUGAUGUUCACACCAGUUUGUGGGAUAUUGUCAAAAACUGUACGUACAUUGGCCUAGCUGAUGAUACUUUUGCAUUACUUCAGCAUGAGACCUACCUAUACCUCAUGAAUGUAGUGAAUGUGAGCAAGGAACUUAUGUAUCAGCAAGCUGUACGUAAAUUUUGCCAUUUCAAUGCAAUACAACUCAGUGAUCCAGCGCCAAUUCAAGAAUUACUAAUGAUGGCCUUAAAGGAGGAAGACUUGGAAUCCCCAAAUGAGGAAUGCGAUGAUCUGAAAAAAAAAAUUGCAGAAAUGAAUACAGAGUUGCUUAAGCAAAAAGGAGGCUUGCUUGACGAGUGCUUCUGUAUUCACAUAGAUCAACAAGGGAAUCUGUUGAGGCUUCCGGUCAUACUUGAACAACACACACCUGACAUGGACCGUGUUCCAGAGUUCUUGUUAAGCUUGGGUAACGAUGUUGAUUGGGAGGAUGAGAGAGAAUGCUUCCAAACAAUUUCUGCUGCUAUUGCUAACUUCUACGCUAUGCAUCCGCCAAUCCUGCCAAAUCCAUCAGGCAGUGGGAUUCAGUUCUAUAAGAAAACCAAGGAUCAAACAAGCUAUGAUUUGACUACUUCUGCAAAUAUUGAAGAGGAUAUCAUUGAUCAAGAUCUACUUGCUGAGGCAGAAACGACAUGGGCUCAACGUGAAUGGUCUAUUCAGCAUGUCUUAUUCCCAGCUAUGAGGCUUUUUCUAAAGCCUCCAAAAGUGAUGGCCACAAAUGGAACAUUUGUGCAGGUUGCAUCUCUGGAGAAACUCUACAAGAUAUUUGAGAGGUGUUAAGAACAAGUUUGCAUCACAAAAGCCAAAUCCCAUGAAGACUGAGACAAAAUUGCAGUAUUUUUUGUUUUUUUAUUGCAAUUUUCUCCUUCAUCUGCCCUCCAAGAAAUAUCAUGCUGGUGGUUCACUGCUACUUAAGUUUUGUGGUAAAUACCAAAACAAUGAAUACUGCUUCAGUCAGCCAAAACAAUAUUUCUCACCAUUCCAUGCCCUUUUGAGUACUGAAGUUUAUGCAAAGAUAUAAACCAAAAUCUUCAGAUCACCACCAGGUAACUCCUUUCUAUUUCUUGGCAGGAAACAUUCAUUGUAGUCCUAAUAUUACAGAUCUCAGGAGAACAAAAA